AUGAACACGAUUUUCUUCAUCGGCCAAAUCAUCGGCAUCAUCCCCGUGUCUGCCAUCCUGCUCUUUGUACUUGCCAAACUGUUUUCCCGCCACUGCCGCAGCCACAUGAAGGACGGUUACGGCUAUGGCGUGCUGAUAACGGGCUGUGACAGCGGCUUUGGACACCAGCUGGCUCAGUGCUUGGACCACAAAGGGUUUGUAGUCUUUGCUGGGUGUUUGUCUCCAGGAGGAGCGGGAGCUCAGAGCCUGGCCCGACAGAGCUCCAGUAAUCUGAAAAUCCUCAAACUGGACGUCACCAGUGAUGAAGAUGUAGAGCGAGCAAAGAAGAUGGUUCAAGACAACCUGCCAGAGAAAGGUCUGUGGGCCGUCGUGAACAACGCUGGGAUCUCAGACUGGGCCGAGAUCGAGUGGAGCACUAUUGAAGAUUUCCGCAACAUGGUUAACGUCAACCUGUUUGGCUGCAUCAGGACCUCAAUCACAUUUCUACCUUUGGUUCGUGCUGCUAAAGGUCGGAUGGUUUAUGUGUCAAGCAUCUUUGCCUUCUUCAACUGCCUGAACAUGGGAGCGUACAGCGUCUCAAAGAGGGGUCUGGAGGCAUUUGCGGACUGCUUGAGGGUUGAAAUGGCCAGUUUUGGUGUGAAGGUCAGCAUCAUCCAGCCAGGGAAUUUCGGCAGAGCCACUAACAUCUUGAAGAUGAAGACAGGUUUGGAUAUCUGGGAGAAACUACACAAGAAUCGAAGGCAAAUCUUCAACCGACAGUACAUCAACCUGGCCAACGAGUACUUCCUGUCAACGUGCAAGACGGGAUUCAAGGACGCCGACAUGGUCAUUGACGCAUUGCUGCAUGCAGUCAUGUCGGCUCAGCCGAAACACAGAUACCUGCUGGUUUCUGUGAUGGAUAGGUUUUUCUUCCAGCUCUUCCCCUUUCUCCCCACUGUCCUCACAGAUGCUGUGUUUUCUCUCAGCUCCAUGUACGCCAAAAGAAAAGAGAUGCUUUAUGCCAAGUAGCAAAG